AUGGCGAACUCGCUCGUCGAGCUGUGUGUGCUGUGGCUGAGCUCGUGCAGCUCGUCCUCGGCACCGUCGACGAAGGCAGCAGGUCGUCAGGUAGAUGGCGUCGCGCUGGUGCUGCUCCGCGGCGUUGUUGGACAGUCAUCGCGGUCGGCUGGGCUCCUUCUCGUGCAGACUGUCGCGCUUCUUGCUGCCGGACCGCCGCGUCCGGUACACGUGAACCUGCUCGCGCGACUUGACCUUCUUCCAGAUGCGGCGGUCCAUGCGCCGGUCCUCGGCGAUCGUUUGCCAACAGCGUCUUGGCCACGAUGCCAGCUUGUCUAG